AUGCCACCAAGAAAAGACGUCUCAUCGACAUCAGAGGAUCCUCCACCUACCAUAGCAGACCAACUAACACAACUCAUUGCUGCCACAAAUGCCGCCGCAUUGCAACACAACAACCACCUCAGUACCCUAAUUAAAGCAACGGAAACUCUAACAGCUAAAUUUGAGUCUCAAUCUCAAACAACCGCAAACCUGGUAAACCACAUUACAACCCUCUCUGACCAGUUAACGAUUGACGAUUCGAUCGAGCACAACCGCCAGCCUCGCCACACUCCCAACCAACCACCCAACAACCCACCAAUCGUGCACCCAAACAACACAAUACGACCACCCAAAAUAACAUUACCCUUAUUCGACGGAUCAAAUCCAUUAGAUUGGAUUUUUCAGGCUGAUAACUACUUUACGUUCUAUCAAGUACCACCCACCCAACGUGUCACCGUCACAACAUUCUACUUCACCGGAGACGCUCUUUCAUGGUACAAACAUCUCGCUCAAAACGACCUGCUAGGGUCGUGGACUCACUUCAAACGAGAAUUAGAACUCCGCUUUGGGUCGUCUUCAUACGAAAACCACGAAGCUACACUCUUCAAAUUACAACAAACCUCCACUGUUUCAGCAUACCAGACUGCAUUUGAACGCCUUAGCAAUUGGCCCAUUUCCCUUCAUCAGGCUUGCUCACUGGCAAAACUAGUAGAAGAUAAACUUGGGCCAACACCCAAGGCACGACCCACCACCAACUUCAAACACAGUUGGUCAACAGGACCCACAAGUAUAACAACCAGACCUAACGUAUCGCCUAGCUUCCCUCCGCCUUCACCAACCACUCCUACAUCCACGAAAAUAAACCCUAUGCUACCUUUCACUCGCUUAUCGGCUGAUGCGUUACAAGAAAGACGAAAAGCAGGACUGUGCUUCAAAUGCCCAGAAAAGUAUGUUCCCGGCCAUAAGUGCUCGCCACCACAAUUCCUUAUAAUUGUGGACAACGACGACCAAGAUACCAUGACGGACGAAGCUACCUUCACCACCAUCGAAGAGCAAUCACCACCAGAAUUCCUAUCACUAUCGGAUGCUGCAUUUUUUGGGAUCUUGUCACCCCAAACCCUCCGUAUUACGGGACACAUUGCCAACAAACCAGUGAAAGUCCUCAUUGAUUGCGGGAGUACGCAUAACAUCGUCCAACCACGUGUUGCUUCACUCCUAAACUUGGAUACCCAACCGGUCCAACCAUUUUCAGUAAUGGUAGGAAACGGCCAGCACAUCCAAUGCCAAGGAUUCUGUCCCAACGUUCACCUUCAACUACCCCAUUCUCGCUUCCAGGUACCAAUUUUCAUUCUUCCAGUAGAAGGAGCAGAUGUGAUCCUGGGUAUUACUUGGUUGAGUACACUUGGUCGUCUAUCAGCAGACUUCUCAAUCCCAGAGAUUACAUUCAUGCAUGAUGGCAAAGCAUGCACAUUAACAGGAGAAUCUUGGAGCCAACAUGUAUCACCUAAUACCUUAUCUAGCUUGUUGCGCCAAGGCACUAUUGCUUCGUUACACACCCUCAACUACAGCCCCACACCACUUAAAACCACCACAAAACCACUCCAGGACGACCACUGCAACCCGAUAAUAAACUCCCUACUCCAACGAUUUCCAGAUAUCUUCCUUGAACCCAACUCCCUACCACCACCGAGACCCCACGACCAUACCAUUCCCUUAACAAAUCCCAACACCACUGUUAAUGUAAAACCUUACCGAUACUACCAUCGUUUUGUUCCUUUCUACGCCAAAAUCGCUGCACCCUUGACCAACAUCCUCAAACUCAAAACCUUUGAGUGGUCCACGUCCGCCCAGGAAGCAUUUCAACAACUUAAGUCAACAAUGCAAGACCUGAUCACGUUAGCCCUACCAGACUUCGAAUCACAAUUUGAUGUCACAACAGAUGCAUCGGGAAUGGCCAUUGGUGCGGUGCUUUCCCAAAACAACAGACCCAUCUCCUUCUUCAGCAAGAAACUCUGCACUACUAUGCAGAACCAAUCCACGUACACCAAAGAGAUUCGGGUAGAACUACCAUCGAUACAUGCCAUCUCACAUCCCACAGCUACAUGGUUAGACGAGAUCAGGAAAUACUUCAAAUACAAUGAGGCAGGUAAACAAUUGGUUGACCAGGUUAUCGAGGACCCAACAACAUUUCCACACCACUCCAUCCGUGAUGGCUUAGUCUAUCGCCACAACCGCAUCAUGGUCCCUCCAAUCCCACACCUUCGCAACAACCUCCUCCAAGAAUUCCACGCAUCAUCGUUGGGGGGUCACUCGGGAGAAAACAAAACAGCCUCAAUAGAUUCAUCAUUACUAGAACACCAACGAAUAAUCAACGACCUCAAAGAAGCUAUCACCAAGGCACAAGAUAGAAUGGUAAAGCAAGCAAACAAGAAGCGGGCAGAAAAGGAAUUCGAAGUGGACGACCUGGUUUACAUACGUCUCCAAGACUAUAGGCAUAAUUCGGUAAGGGACCAAAAGACAAAUAAGUUAGCACGCCGAUUCUAUGGACCAUACAAAAUCACUGAGAGAAUAGGAAAAGUCGCCUAUCGUUUGGCUCUACCAGCAAACGCACACAUUCAUCCAAUUGUCCAUGUAUCACUACUCAAGCAAGCAUAUGGUUCCAACAGUCCUUCAUCUCAGGAGAGCCCUUACAAGUUUGAAGAAGUGGACAACGUUGCUACCCUUCCAGAAGCAAUAUUACAUAGCAGAACCGACAACAAAGGGAACAAAGAAGUACUCAUCAAAUGGGAAAACAAACCCAUGGAAGACGCAACAUGGGAAAGCUACCACGCAAUCCAGAAACAAUUCCCAUUUUUCACCAACAUUGAGGACAAUGUCGUUUCUCAAAAUGGGGGUGAUGUUAUGAACCCAAGAUCUCAACCCCCUGCAGCAGUUGACCCACCUUCUCCUUCGUUGGUCACCUUCAUCCUUCUCCACUGCUCCCUUUCUUCAACUUCGCCGGACCACCUAAAUAUCGGCGUCGCCGACACACCAAACAAUCUUCGUCGCUUCUACCUCGUGGAACCAUCUCUUCAAUACAGAUGA